GUGUCUGCACAACAAGCCAAGGGGAAGCCAUUUUCCAGCUGGAACGUGGGAACUGGGGUGUAAGGGAGAUUAGAGUUCCGAGGUGGAGUUUAUUUCUUGUAUUUUCAUAUGAUAUGAAAGGCUCCCAGGGCUGAGAUGCUAACACAGCAUGAAGAUGAGGAGACGAGUGGAGCUGCCGUUGCAGAGACCAGCACCAGCCAUGGGGAGAGCUGUCCAGCAAACCCUCCUCGCCUUACUCUGUCUAGCAGCUGUGGUUUCUGAGGCUCCAGACACCUGCCCAGACGUGAAAAUCGUGGGUCUCAGUGGUUCAGAGAAGCUCGCUGUUCUCCAAGGCUGCCCUGGGAUUCCUGGUCCCAUGGGGCCCAAAGGUGACCCUGGACCUGCAGGAAUGAGAGGAGAACGGGGAGCUCCAGGGAUCCCUGGAAAGAUGGGACCAGCAGGGGAGAAAGGAGAGAAAGGAGAGCCCGGAGAACCAGAAACAACAGGACCCAGAAACUGCAAGGAGCUGUUAGCCAAAGGGAGAACGCUGAGCGGCUGGUACGCCAUCUACCCAGGAGUUGCUGUUGAUUCCAUCACUGUCUUCUGUGACAUGGAUACAGAUGGUGGAGGCUGGAUUGUUUUCCAGAGACGCGCAGAUGGUUCGGUGGAUUUUUUCCGUGACUGGGAUUCAUACAAGAAGGGUUUUGGGAACCAGCUGACGGAAUUCUGGCUGGGGAAUGACAAUAUCCACCUGUUAACAUCCUUUGAAACUUGUGAACUUCGUGUCGAUCUGAGUGAUGUGGAAAACAAUAAAUCCUUUGCCCACUAUGGGACCUUCAGCAUUUCAGGACAAUCUGACAAAUACAGACUGAACCUAGGAAAAUUUCUUACAGGCACUGCAGGUGAUUCCUUGUCUGGCCAUAGAAAUAUGACGUUUACAACCAAAGACAAUGACACUGAUAUGCAUUCGGGGAACUGUGCUCUGCUGUACAAGGGAGGCUGGUGGUACAACAAGUGUCACGGUUCCAAUCUGAACGGGCUGUACCUGCUGGGGCCCCAUGAGAGCUACGCAGAUAGUGUCAUCUGGGCAACAGGCAAAGGGGCUUACUACUCCUACAAAGUCUCAGAGAUGAAGUUCAGGCCGGUUUAGCACAAGGAAAGUGCAGUGCGAGGUCGCUCUCCAGCAACGUAUGGGAAUGGACCCUCACAGGUAGUUAGAUGCCUAAAGCCCAUUAAUUUCUAUGGAAGUUCCAUGGAUGUGCCUAAAGGAUCUGGGCCUUAGAGCCUGAUCUGAAGCCCAGUGAAGUCAAUGGGAGUCUUUCCAUUGACAUCAGAUGAGGCCCAUAGCUGGAAGCACCCAAGCAAACACACUGACGUUUAAUACCAACCCUUUCCUUUUCCUGGUCACGUUGAGUUGUCAGGAGCUCUCUGUUCAAAUGUGACUGCUGGUACCUUACAGCCCAGCCCAUUCCAUUCUACUUCUGUUAGAACCAACGCAGAGCCAGCACUGCCGGCACAGAUGAGCGAGAGCGUGGCCAAAAGGCAGCGCAGCGGCCAAGCUGUGAGCGGCCGCUGAUCAUUUGUCACAAUUAUUGCGCCACAUCCUGACGUCCCUUUUUUCAUUCCUGCUAAAUUAAAGGAAAAUCCCUCUGACUUCAGUGAAAGUUUUGCCAUAGUCAGAGCUGAGUAAAGGUUUUAAGAUUUGGCACUUGGUGACUCAAUACAUUAUUGCGUCAGAGGUCAUAGCAUGAUGACGCGUUUGCAGUUAAUUGCAGAAGAUCUAAAAAUGUUAACCUGUUUGUUUGUUUUUUUAAGAUCGUGAGCCUGGAGAAAGCAAUAUAUUUGCCCCUUGCUAAUUUGCAUUUACAUCAAGGAUAUUAAGCUCUCCCCACUUCCCAGCAAAGAUUGAAUACCAGGAGUGAAAUCCGGGCACCAAUGAAGUCAAUGGAGGUUUUGCCAUUGAUUUCAGUGGGGCCAGUGAAGUAUUAGAUUACUAAAAUCCCUUUAUCUCUGCAGUAGUGCUAUGCUAUACUAUGAAGCAUAAUCCUCACUGGUUAAAAGAAAACUCCAUAUGUCACAAUAAAUUAAUAAAGUAGGUUUAACCAGC